AUGGACCAUCUCAUGAGCGACAGAGCGUUAUCUCGCAGCUUGUGGAGCACCUCACGAGCCUUGCAGCGUCUCACAAUGCUGGAGCGUCUCGUGAGCGAUGGACAGUCUUUGAGCGACGGACCAUCCGACCAAUGGCGGAGCGCUACCUCGCAGCUCGUCGAGCAGCUCACGGCUGCCAUCAAUGAAGACGAGCAGGGCAUCAUCCCGCGGGCCCUGGCUGAGACCUUCAGGCUCAUCGACGAGAAUGACCUGGUUGACUACACAGUCCGAGUGUCCUACCUGGAGGUGUACAAGGAGGAGUUUCGGGACUUGCUGCAGGUGGACACAGCCAGCAAGGACAUCCAGAUCCGGGAGGAUGACAAGGGGAACAUCGGGCAGCAGCACCAGGCUGUGCAGAGUGACCACGUCCUCGGGCAGCGCGUUGCUCCCGGCCGCAGCUCUGUUUGCCGUUGCAGUGCUCUGCGGGGUGAAGGGGGAAACACGGGGGAGAGGCUGAAGGAGAGUAUUCAGAUCAACAGUGGCCUCCUGGCCUUGGGCAACGUCAUCAGUGCCCUGGGAGACCCUCGCAGGAAGAGCAGCCACAUCCCCUACAGGGACUCCAAAAUCACCAGGAUCCUGAAGGACUCUCUGGGGGGCAAUGCCCAGACCGUGAUGAUAGCCUGCGUCAGCCCAUCCUCCUCCGACUUCGACGAGAGCCUCAACACGCUGAAUUACGCCAGCCGGGCUCAAAACAUCCAGAACAAGGCUGUGGUGAACUGCCGCAAGGAGACAGAGCACAUCGAAGAGCUUCAUCUGCAGAUAAAGAACCUGCAGAAGGCCCUUGAGCAGCGGCACCGCUCCGAGACCCGUAUCAUCCACCGCUCGGCCAGCGCCAAACGCUGCGCGCCGGACCCCACGGCUCGGCUGCUGGCGGAGUGCGCGCAUUACCGGACCUGCACCGACGCGGCGUACCGGCUGCUGAUGGAGCUGGAGGAGCACAGCAACCUGACAGUGGAGCAGAUCCUGCGGGUCAAGGAGUGGUUGUGCGCGGUGGAGAGCGAGAGGAGCGAGCUGACCUCAGCUGGGCUGGAUAGUGGCAUCGAGAGCACAUCGGCAGAAGACCAGAGCCCCGAGGCACAAGGCUCAAAGCUGGCAAAAGCCCAGGUAACGGUGAACGCCGAAAAGGGGAGCGAGGCCACCAAAGACGAGCAGGUGGCCAAACUGCAGAGGCAAGUGGAGUGUCUGGAGGAGGAGAACCGUGAUUUCCUGGCUGCACUGGAGGAUGCCAUGGAGCAGUAUAAGCUGCAGAGUGACAAGCUGCAGGAGCAGCAGGACAAGAUCUCGGAGCUGCAUGUGCGCUUGGAGAUGGCAAUGCCAAACCUGCAUGUGCCAGAGCUGCUGGAAAACCUUCACCUGGUGACCGCCGGCCAGAGACCUCACACGGCCCCGCUGGCUGCUGCCCCGUGCCAUGGCCUGGGCGGGGUUCCCUCGGGGCUCCUUGCCGCUGAGCAGAGCAGAAGAGCCCUGGGCAGGAAGCAGCUCGACAGCAGCCCCUCCAUGCAGGAGGAGGGCCUGGCAGGCUGGCACCUGAACCACGCGCAGUGCCCGACGGGCAAUCCGGAGAUCAAAGCCACGGCGCUGAGGAGGGAGCUCAGCCGGGACUCGGAGAAGCUGGCAGAACUGUCCUCGGGAGAGGAGGAGCAGGAGUGGGAACAGAAACGGUCCCUGUCCCGGCGCCGAAACGGGAUCCAAAAUUGGAGCAAGAAAGAGAUUUGCAAGCUGAGCGAGGAGCCGAGCGAAGGCAGUGCCCACCCGAUUCCGGAGGAGCACCUGGAGCUGUCAAAAGAGGUCUGCAGGAGGCGGGAGACGCUGCUUAGUCCCUGGGAGCGCCUGCCAGGGAAGGACUCUGAGUGGAGGCUGGUGCAAGCACAGCAGAAGAUCCGAGAGCUGGCGAUCAACAUCCGCAUGAAGGAGGAGCUGAUCAUGGAGCUCAUUAAGACAGGCAAGGAUGCCCAGGCUCUGAACAGGCAGUACUGCCAGAAGAUCAGCGAGCUGGAGCAGGAGGCCGAGCAGGUGCGGGCAGAGCUGAGCGACAGCCAGAAGCAGCUCCAGGAGCUGGAGGGCAAAGAGCCCUGGGACCCUGGGGAGAAGCGCAAGCUGCAGGAGUACCGCACACGCGUGGCAGCCGCGCAAAGCAAGGCGCGGGUUCUGUGCAAGAAGAAGCAGGCGACAGAGAGGCUGGUGUCGCUCUCGGCCCAGAGCGAGAAGCGAGUGCAGGAGCUGGAGAGGAACAUCGAGCUGAUGCGGCGGCAGCAGGGCCAGCUGCAGCGCCGGCUGCGGGGGGGGGGGGGGGCGGAGCGGCGAACAGCUUCUCCAGGCUCACAGCUGCUCCUUCCCGUACAGGAACUGGAACUGAAGCACGAGCAGCACCAGAAAAUCCUGCGCAUCAAAACAGAGGAAAUAGCAGCUUUCCAGAGGAAGCUGCGGAGCGGCAGCAACGGCUCCGUGAUCAGCCUGGAGCAGCAGCAGAAAAUUGAGGAACAGAAGAAGUGGCUGGAUAUGGAGAUGGAUAAAGUUCUUGAGCAGCGCCGGGCCCUGGACGAGCUGGAAGAUGAGCUGCGGAAGCGGGAAGCUAUCGUGGCCAAAAAGGAAGCUCAGCUGCAGGAGAAGAACGGCCUGGAGAGCAAACGACUGCGCUCCAGCCAGGCCCUGACGGAUGACAUCGUGCGUGUGUCCAGCCGCCUGGAGCACCUGGAAAAGGAGCUGACCGAGAAGAACGGGCAGCUGCGUCACAGCAGUGCCCACGACCAGCAGCAGAUCCGCCAGGAGAUCAACAACCUGCGCCAGGAGAAGGACCAGCUGCUUAAACAGAGGUUGGAGCUCGACAACAAGCUGCGUCAGGGCACCCUGCUGUCCCCAGAGGAAGAACGGAUCCUUUUCCAGCUGGAUGAGGCAAUUGAGGCUCUGGAUGCAGCCAUCGAGUACAAGAAUGAGUCCAUCACGUGCAGGCAGCGAGUCCUCCGGGCCUCGGCCAGCCUGCUGUCCCAGUGCGAGAUGAACCUCAUGGCCAAGCUCAGCUACCUCUCCUCCUCCGAGACCCGAGCUCUGCUCUGCAAAUACUUUGACAAGGUGGUGACGCUGCGAGAGGAUCAGCACAGGCAGCACAUUGCCUUCUCGGAGCUGGAGAUGCAGCUGGAGGAGCAGCAGCAGCUGGUGUACUGGCUGGAGGCAGCCGUGGAACGCCAGCGCCUGGAGAUGGACCGGCAGCUCACCCUGCAGCAGAAGGAGCACGAGCAGAACAUGCAGCUACUGCUCCAGCAGAGCCGCGAGCACAUGGAUGAGGGGCUGGCCAGCAGCAAGCUGCAGUACGAGGCGAGGAUUCAGGUGCUGGAAAAGGAGCUGAGCCGUUGUAUGUGGGCAAACCAGGAGCUGAACCAGAGGCUGAGUAACAUGAACCUCCAUCCUGGACAGACCAAAGCAGGGAUGGAGAGAAGCAUUCACGGGGCUGGGGACAGAGCUCCCCCUGUGCUGGGGACCUGUGAGCUCUCCAGCCUUGGGGAACAGCCCGUGCCCCUGGCCGUUGCAGAAGAAAGCCCUCGGGUCAGGGACGAGAGCCGGGACCUGGUGCACGCUCCUUUGCCGUCGACGUGGAGGCGUUCGUCCCUGCCCAGCGACAACCCCGGGGACCUGCGGCAGAGGGGCGCCGAGCACCCGCUGAGAGCAGGGCAGCCCCACGAGCUGCACCCGCCACGGAGCAUCGCUCCUGCCGCCAAGCCCCGUUGGGAGCUGCGCAGGGCCAGCCCAAACCUGGCCCCAGGGCCAUACCACCCAGCAAUGAUAGACGUCAGGAAAAAUCCACUCUAG